ACUCCUUAUCCUUGGCAAUUUUGAGGCCUGGGUCUUGGUCGGUAACGAUGAAUAUGUAAUGUUAGGCUUGUUUCGGAGCUCUUUUUGCUAACGGGUCUCACCGAGGCUUAUUUCUCAGGGUUUCAAUGUUCAGAGCUGGAAUAGUGAAGUGGUUGGGUUGGAAUUGGACCCCUUCUCGCCUUUUUCCCAAGUCUUUGAGCUAUUUUCUGUAAUCAUAGUUUAGUUGCUGGAGGACUUGGCGAAUGAGGUCGUACAUCCGACUACAUAUUACAGUUUAUUGCUAGCAGUGCUAGAGGUUCAGGUUGCGAUCCUUGAUUUGAAGGAUUUCCUGGAUUAGGGUUAUUCUGCAUUCGAUGUUCCGGGACGUCCGGAGGCGCUGCAUACACGGAAUUGGGUUGAGCGUGGAUUUUAUCUGUAAUCCUCGUGUAGACGACCUUGAUUGACAUUGUUCAGCGUUUCAAUAGGAAUAAUGAUGCUCCUUGAUUUCGCCGUUUCAUCACCACCUAUGUAAGGAGGGGGUUCUACAUGGAGGUCACUGGACGGAAGAGUUAUGAAGAACCAGACGCGAUUCGCAACUUUGACAUUUUUGCGCUGACAAUAGGCUCGAAUUUUCUGCUGCGAUUAGAAUAAUAGCAGGCUCAAUCGGGUACUAUCAAUUACUGACACCAGUGAAAAAAUUUCACUUGACUUGGUGAUUUGAUUUUAGCAGAAUUGCAAUGGGUAGGAACAGAGAUACCUGUAAUGUGCCGGGUUGUAGCAAGGAUGAGAAGCCCUGCCUUGUUACGGGCCCUAAAAUUGUCUCCUUCAAGCUCCCAAACCCUGCCUUGUUUUCUAGCUGGGUUCAAACAGUCACCUCAAACCUUGCGUGGACAGUUCAAUCUUUUCAGACUUUAAAGACUGAUGGGCUGAAUUGUUUAAGCUUGUUGGUAGAACACAAACCGAUGGUUUCUCCGUUACCUGUGCCAUAUCUUGCCCUCAACAAUCUCAUUUUCCCGGUUCCUUCCUCUACUUCCUCAGUUCAAGUAUGUCAAAAGGCUGUUUCGUCUAUACCCCAAGAUCAUUUUUCCAAAGGUAACGCAGUGAAUGAGAAGGGCGAGGUUUCAAGCACAGGCCCAGCUUUCAUUGGUCAAGUGUAUACCAUGUGUGACGCUUCACGCCAAGGGUUAAUUGCAGUUAGACCAUCAGACGUAUUGAAAAAAAUCAAGGUACCUCCAUACAUGAAGUUAAUGGAAAAGGCUUACGAAAGAGCAAUGAACGUGCUCUUCACAGAUGAUAUGAAAGGACCUGUGUUUAGGUUCUAUUUCAACAAAGAUGAUGCUGCAGAAUACGUUAGGCGCUUGAACAUCACCGGUUCUGCGGUGGGUCCUUGCUCUCUUGAUGCUGCUUACAAGUAUUACAAAAGCAAGGAGGGAAUGUUUAAGUUUAUAGCAGAUCAACGGCAAGUUAAGGUAGCUAAGGAGUUGGUGCGUAGAGAACGUGGAGAUAAGGCAGCAAACAAGCUUAAAGGUGUUCCAGUGUUCACAGCUAGGAAUCUUACAAUAGCCUUGAGCACUCCUCAAGGUGUGCGAUGGUUUAGGCCCUAUUUCUUCAAUAAGAAACAGCUUGAUAGUCUUAUUGGGCACUCAGUGGAUCAUUAUUAUGAGAUGCUGAUUAGUGCUCGUAGAGCUCAACGCUAUAGUCAAAUAGCGGAAAACAAUGGAGAUGCUUUUGCUGGAGGAGAGUCAAUGGAUGAUGAGCUGGAUGGUCUGAUGGAUCCUCCUGAAGUGCAAGAGUUGAUGGAAGAGUUGGGACAGGGAGGCGGAGGGAUGGAGUUUGUUGGUUUGAAGGUCCUUGAAGCACAAUUCAUGGACCUCGCUGACAGGGUCUUAUUGGGUCAUCAGUGGAGUCGCCGCAUGAUUCACUUACAGCCCAGAUUUCCUGUUAUUGUUGAUUCUUUUGAGCGUCUAAUCUCUGCAUCGGAACUUGACCACUCUUCUGAGUCAGAAGGGAGUGUUACUAGCUCUAGAAAUUCCUUUGCAAAGAAAGAGGGAACUCAGGAGAAGUCCCAACGCGGUCAGGGGGACGAAGGCAUGAGUAUUUCAGGAAGAGAUGAAAGAAGUGCUAGCAAUGAUAGCAGCGAAUCCGUCUCAAAGGAGUACAGUCAGUCCUCACCAAACUCGCUGUUCAAUCUGUUUAAGAAGAAGUGGGGGGCCAAUGCAAAUUUAGUGUUCAAAAGAAAAGACUCGGGCAAUGCUGAAAUAUUGGAGGAAGAUUCAGAUUCAGAGUACUUACAGGAGACAGCACAGAAGGAUCCCCCUGGGAAGAUUCCAUUUCAACCAAAGCUAACGAUGAUGGGCAUUUCUAUGAAUGUGAAUAAAGUUGAGGGAGGUUUGCAACAAGCGAUGGCAGCAGCUGCUAAGGAUGUUGAAGAUCGUUUGCGGAAGGGCGAAGGUUCUGGGCCUGACCAUGGUCCAUUAUUCAUAGCCAACCUUGGAAGUGGCAUUCCGCAGUGGGGACGACCAGUCUCAGCCUCCUCAGGUGUACUAGAUGAUGAUGCUGAGUGAACUUUCACGUCAUUUUAGAAUAUCUGAAAGAUGGGAAGUCAAUAUAUCAAAUGUCAUCGUGCUCGCUGCAUCUAUCAGCACAGUAAGAUCUGGUAGAAGAUGGAUACACGUAGAUAAAUGAAGAUGGAUCUGAUAAGAAUGUAUUGCCAGUUUCUAUUGUAUCAUGUUUUGACCUGAAAUAAGUUUCCACUGAAUCUGAAUCAUUACUUCUUAGCGAAUCUAAAAAGGAUAAUAAGCUUCGUAACACUUCAAUUGUAUCUGGUGAUGUAUUUAUAACUUGUGUGGGCAAAUGAGAGCAUUUGGGCCUGUCGAUAGAGUUUUGAAGGUAGCCCUGUACCUGCAUCUUCCUUGCUCGCAAAGUGACGACACUCUUUGAAGGUCUGUUGACAGUUGCAUCCGAGGAGCACCAUGCGUGCUAGAAAGGUCAGUUGCUGGUGGAGAUGGACACGUUAUUUAGAGAACAAGAGUGAUGAAAUCCGCAGGAAUGGCUGGCACAGAUGGAGGGGUUAUAAUGAUAGAAGUCAACUGUAUUUUGGACUUUUAAGUGCUAUAGAGAGUAGUAUAUAUGAGGUCUAGUUUGAGAGAAUCAAUCAAAAACUAUCUGUGCUUACAGAGCAUCAUCUUCCAACUUGCGCUCCCGCAAAUCGUUUAACAGCUCGCAACUUCAAGUUAGUUCAAUAUGUUAAGGGGCUUCUGUGAGUUAUAAAUUUUAGUAGAGCCAUGGUGGACUCAAUAUAAUGAAUAAUGUACAUUUUUUCCCCAUC